AUGCCUUUCUACGUGUGCAACGUGCUGAGCCGCGUGGUGGUUUACGUACACCAAGGGCCACGGGAGCACUACCCAGGUGGCGUCGAAAUCCGUACCACUUGCGGGGAAGUGCGCAACAGUGAUGAGCAGUCAGUUACCGAAGAUUGGGACGUAAAGCAUCACCGAGAAGAAGAAGUCUACUCAGAUAAAGUAGCCCUUGGUCGUCAGAAGGCGGAACCCAUGAAUCUAGUUAAUCCAACGAAUUAUUAG